CUAGUGAAGACCUGAGCUCUUAGUCUCUACUCUUUCGUUGCUGCAGAUCUUUUACCCAGCUAGCGGUUAUAGACUGCUCAGAAGAUGACCGUUUUACUUGACAGGCUUAAUCUGUAGAAACUUAAUUUGAGUAAUGCUGUGAAUCAUUGGGAAAAUUGUUUUAUUGUUAAGUUCAGUUCAGGAACUGACCAACUCUACUUACCCUCGCGAUGAUUUCGAGGCUACCCAAAGUAUUUUGAAGGAGGGUGAAAAGGGCGCGAAUUGAUGUUGUCCGACCGGCUUCAAGAUGCUGAUCAAAUGCGAAUUAGAAGUGAAAACACGCCUAUCACAGUCACAGGUUGCCAACAGCAAGCCUGGCCGUGGUGCAAUAGCCAUAUACAAAGACAAGACAAGAGCUGCUAACUUUGUUAUAUACAACAACAAGCAUAAAACAGGAUUCAAAUACAGGCUGAAAAAUAACGUACAGAAAGUUUUUUCGAAGUUCAUUGACAGUGGAAAGAUGACAAUUAGCUUUAAAGAACCACAUCAUGACGUUGCUGUUUCAAAGGCCAUUUCAAGUGACCUGAAAAAGCUAGUUCUUGCAAUGCGACUAUGUUGCAAAGGGGAAGAAACAUCAGAUUUUGAUUUCAAUAAGCCUGAUUCAAUAAAAGGUUUGCUAGAUGACACAAAAACAGAACUAAAAAUAACAUCCAAAGAAGACUAUACUUCAAAGAAAGAAUUACCUCCUGCACUUAGUAAGCUGAUUAUGGGAGAUUGUGGCUUGAUAAAAUUUGACACCAAGUUUCUAAAGCUAAAAAAUUUGUCAGUACUUGACUUGAGAAAUAAUUGGUUAAAUGAACUACCAGAAGAUUUUGGAUGUCUGGUCAAUAUGAAAGAACUUUACCUGGCAGGAAACAGCUUUACAUCAAUACCAAAUAUGCUUUUUACUUCAGAAAUUAGACUAAAUUUGAAAUCAUUAGAUGUUAGUUCUAACAAUAUCAAGAAAAUUCCCACUGAAAUUGGAUUGCUAAAGCAUCUAGUAAAUUUGAAAAUUGACAACAAUAUGAUAUGUAUGAUACCUGGCACUGUUGGCAUGCUUACAUCUUUGAGGUACCUGAAUAUUUCAAACAACUAUUUGAGGGUAUUGCCUUAUGAAGUUUCCAGUUUAACCCUGCACUCAUUAGAUAUAUCUGGAAAUCAGUUGAAAGCAGAUCUUAGCAAAAGCAUUGCCAAGGCUAGACUUGCAGAUGUGCCUACUUUGCUUGAACUUGCUGCACGAAUGAUAAAAAAUUCCAGGAUGAAUUAUGCAAAUGAACCACUUCCAGUGACACUUGUUAAAUAUUUAGACUUUGCAAAAUACUGCAUAUGUGGAAAGUCUUGCUUUCAGUCAUAUGCUCAGUGCAUGACGAUGCUGGAUUUGGGAAAAAUUGCACAUACAGUAACAGCAGACACUUUUGACAGAGGCAGGAUGGGUGCCCCUGUAAUUGGGCAAUUGUGCUCUAGAUUCUGUGUAGCCCAAUGGCAAAGAUUACCCCAUGGAGCAGAAUGGAGAUAAAUGCACUUUCUUAUGCUGAUGUUUGUAAAAUCUUCAGCAAUAAAUUGUCAAGAGGAAAUUGUCAAGACAAACAAUGUUUCCCAAUUUUAAGCAGAUCUUUGGUUGUGUUGAUUGUGACUGAUAAGUAAUAAACAAUUAUCAUAUUUUAUAAAGUACUUUUACAUAUUUUCUCUUUACACAUACUUCUUUCUCCGAAAAUUACACUAAAAGGUUAGCUUCCACAAGUACAUGGGGCAUAUCCUCCUUGUGUACCUGCUCCCCUUUCCUAAGUCACUGUGUAUUUAUAGGGCCAUAGAGCCAAGGGGUCAUGGUACCCCAAUAAUUUCCAAAAAAAGUUAAAAGAAACUUUAAUUAUGCGAGUGAGUUUAACAUGACUUUUUAUUACUCCCCUCCCCCCCCCAAAAAAAAAUUGGUUUAACUGUUCUACAGUACUGAUUUAAGCUACUGAUCAAAUAUACCCAGGGGGCUCAGGCUGGGGGUACAAACCGUCAACCAAAUUAAAUUUAAAGCAAAUCCGUCUUCCCCUGCAAUAAAGCCUGUAAUUUUUCUCAUAUUCGAACCAAUAAGCUAAUUUUCAAACCAAUAAGCAAUAUGGGAUUAUUUGUUUUAGAUUCAAAAUCAAACAUUUUAUAUAAAAUAUUUAAAAUUAUUUACUGUUUUGAUGAAUAUGAAUUUUUCAGAUUUAAGAUUGAAAGCGGUAGGUUUAAUUGACCUUGAUCGAUUUUGCACAAGCGCAGAUAACAUACCACGGAAUCCUUCUUGACUGUUGAUAAAUUUGGUGCAAAAUCAGGAAAUAUACACUUUGAAUGAGAAGGCCUGCGCUUUUUAAGCAAUACCAGUCUUAACCAUGGCAAAGGUACCUUUGUGUCACAAUUCGGUUGUACCACUUCUAUUUUUCUACUUUUUAUAUCAUAUUCGUUGGCUUUUUGUGAAAGAUUUUUACAUUUAAUUUAUUGGUUUCCUUUACGAAUCGCUGUAAUACGAAGCAAAACAAAAACAGCAAGAUAGAUUACUUUUAGUCAAUGAACGAUGUUCGCUCCA